AUGGCGACAUCAACUUUGGCAGCACUCGAACCAAAAUCAUUAAUUCGUCCGACACAUUGGUCUAAAGAAGUGGAAAAUGCUUACCGCUUUCAGUUAGCUGGCUACCGUGAUGAACUUGAAUAUAAACGAGUGCGACAAGUUGCUGAGAUCGAUACAUGGCCAGAUAGUGGUUUUGUUAAAAAAUUGCAACGUCGAAAAGAUGGAUUUUUCUAUUACUUUGAUAAAUUACGCGAAUGUCCGGAUAAAGAAAUUAAUAAAUGUAAAAUAUAUUCAUAUUAA